AUGUCAAGCCCUCAAGUCACCCGCCGUCGUGCCUUCAGACGAACAGACAAUUAUACUCCAGGAAGGCCGAGGCUAGAGCUUGUAUGGGAAGCACUUGCGCUGCCACUUGCACCGACUGCCGUCUUGAUCAAAGUGCAUGCCGUUGCUCUUAAUUACCGCGAUGCCAACAUCGCGAAUGGAGGGAACCCGUGGCCGGUAAUUCCAAACGUGAUUUUGGGUAACGACGCAGCGGGCGAGGUCCUAGCAGUUGGUCAUAAGGUGAAGACAUUGGCGGUCGGGGAUAGGGCCGGACCUAUUACAGAUACUGAGAAUAUUUCAGGACGUGAAGUAAAGCGGUCAUGGCUGGCAGCAGACGAGGAUGGAGUUAUGGCGGAUCAUAUUAUUUUCGACGAGAAUGCUCUGUGUAAACUUCCGGAUCACCUUGACUGGGUUGUAGCUGCUAUAAUUCCUUGUGCUGGUGUUACUGCUUGGUCGGCGUUGAAGGGUAUGGUUAUUGGGCAGACUGUGUUGAUUCAAGGAACUGGAGGUGUCAGUGUUUUUGCACUCAAGCUUGCAAGGGCUGCGGGCCUUCGGGUGAUUUUAACAUCUUCGAGUGAUGAGAAGCUCGAACAAAUGAAGGUCAAGUACUCAAACCCGUCCAUCAUGACGAUAAACUACUCUCAAAUGCCUGGCUGGGACAAAGAGGUUCUCAAAUUGACUAACGGCAUCGGUGUGGACAUUGUUGUUGAGACUGGCGGAUCUAGCUCCUUGGUUAAGAGUAUGAGAUGUACUCGACGCGGCGGUGUGGUCAGCCAGGUUGGAUAUCUUUCACGGCCGGACCCUAACGACCUGCGAGAGCUGAUACCGACCAUUAUAGAUCGGAGGAUCAAUUUGAGGCGAGACCGAGGUAUCAAUGCAGGGUCAAAGCAUGAUAUGGAAGACUUCUGUGCUGCACUAUCAGCAGCUCAAAUGCCGCUGGAUGACCUCAUUGACAAAACAUUUCCAUUUGAGCAAGCCGAAGAGGCCAUUGAAUAUGUUUGGCAAGGUAAACAAGUUGGGAAGAUUGUGCUCCGUAUCUAG